UCGUAUCUGUGUAUACUUUGUGAAACAAAAAAAAUUAUUUUGAUAUAGAAACCUUCUUUAAAGUUAGGUGGUAUUAUCACCAAUUCGUUAUAAAUACAAAUGUUAUAGUGGUGGGUUCAAACAUUCUCAACAAACAAACAAACAGUUCACUUCUUUGUUCUUCACAUAGGUUUUUGAGUUUCAACUAUGGAACCAAAUCGUGUUCAGUUUCUUGAGAACAAGACCUUGCUCGUUACAGGCGCUUCCGGUUUCCUCUCUAAAGUUUUCGUGGAGCGAGUUCUGAGUUUGCAACCAAACGUGAAGAAGCUUUACCUUCUCGUAAGAGCAUCUGACAAUAAAUCCGCGGAACAACGGUUACACAAUGAGGUUUUCGAGAAAGAUUUGUUUAAGGUGUUAAGAAAGAAUAUUGGUGACGAAAGUUUAAACGCCUUGGUAUCGGAAAAAGUUGUUCCUGUUCCAGGCGACGUAACAUUAAACAAUAUGGGAGUGAGUGACUCUAACCUUUUGCAAGAUAUGAUGCAAGAGACUGACAUUGUUGUCCAUGCAGCUGCCACCACGAGAUUCGACGAAAGGUUGUAUGUGAAAAGAUACGAUGUAGCACUUCGGAUCAACACAUUUGGAGCGCUCAAUGUCCUUAACUUUGCUAAGAAGUCUGUGAAAGCACAAUUGCUUCUCCAUGUAUCAACUGCUUAUGUUUGCGGGGAAAGAUCGGGACUUACACAAGAGAUACCUUUUGCAAUGGGAGACACUCUUCACGGAAAAAACAAGGUAGAUAUCAAUACCGAAAUGCAGCUGGUAGAGCAGAGAUUGAAACAACUCGUUGAACAAGGUUGUUCAGAAGAAGAAACUAAACAUGCCAUGAGAGAUCUUGGGUUGAAAAGGGCAAAGCAUUUUGGAUUGCCAAACACAUAUGUCUUCACCAAAGUAAUGGGAGAGAUGUUUCUUGGACACUAUAGAGAAAAUAUGCCUAUUGUAGUAAUACGUCCCGCAAUGAUCACAAGCACUUUCUCGGACCCAUUUCCCGGUUGGAUUGAAGGCGUCAAAACCGUAGACACUGUGAUUGUAUCAUACGGGAAGGGAAUGCUUAAGUGUUUCCUCAUUGAUCAAAAAACGGCAUGUGAUAUUAUACCCGUCGACAUGGUGGCAAAUGCAAUGAUCGCGACAUCAGCUGAACAUUUCCAUGAUUCAGGAAGCCAUACCGUUUACCAUGUGGCCUCAUCUUACCGGAAUCCAAUAACGUAUAAGCAAAUUAACGAAAUUAUUAUUCGUUAUUUCAAGAAAAGCCCUCUGCUUGGCCGCAGUGGUAUGCCUAUAGUCCCAAAAGCGCUAGUACUUUUAUCCACUAAGGCUAUGUUCCGUCUCUACACGAGCCUUCGGUUUAAAUUACCUUUACAGAUUUUGGGAUUGCUUAGCAUAACUUUCCCAUCGCAAUUUGGAAAUACUUAUCAACAUCACAAUCGUAAAUUCAAGAUGGGCAUGAGAUUGGUUGAACUUUAUGAGCCUUAUCUACUCUUUAAGGGCAUAUUCGAUGAUAGAAACCUGGAAACAUUACGAAUCAAGAAUGGAGCCAAAGAGACGAACGGCAUACCCGGGUUCAGCUCCAAAUACAUUGAUUGGGAAGAUUAUUUUAUCAAUACACAUAUCCCAGGCCUCGCUACACACCUACUCAAUAAAUAAAUAAAGUCCAAAACAUGAAAUAUGAAGUAUAUAUUUAAACAUAAAAAUAAACUCCAUCACACACAUCUGGAUACGCUCAGAUUCUCAAGUGCUCGCUAGAGCAAUAGACCGGAAAUGAGGUCCGUCAGAGCUCCACAGCGUCGUCAUGGACAUCCUCAGUCUUUCUUCUUCAUUUAAUUUCUGUUUUUUCUCAUAUAUCUCUAGAUCGUGUAGUGAGCUAGCAGAUGUCUUGGCCAAAGCCUACUUAAACAACUUCACUCUUGUAGGGCUCUAAACCCAUUUUAAUAAAAUGAUUCAAGUGUUUCAAAAAAAAAAAGGAAGUCAAGUCAAAAAAAUAUUGUAAUAUUGUAUUAUGUGGUUUAAGCGAGCCUACAAUUUAUAAUAAUUAGUCGAUAUAAUUUCUAAAGAUAAUGUUGGCUUUGUUUUCCUGCCAUCCUCUAUGUUACGGCAAAAAAGUAAAGUCGGAUGAAUUAAAGAGCCGUUAAUAUAAAAGAAAAGCAAAAGUGUGUAAAGCCAACCACAAAGAUCAACGCAUGUUGGUCACUUUAAUUACAGAUUACUAAUUUAUUUUAUAUAAAGCUUACAUACGUUCCACAUAUUUCACUCGGACAAUAAAAGAUAUCUAAAGCCAUCAAAUUCUCAUAAAUACUUUGUUUUAAUUCGAGGAUUCUCCAAUGGCGAAUCAUCAAGCAGCUCUUGCAGCAUUCUUCCUAUUCGUUUUGGCCGUCUUCUCCAACUUUGAGCUCUCGGCUUCUUCGAUUGUUUGUGGCAAGGUCUCUUGCCUAGACUGCCACAGUGAUUUCGACUUCUCAGGUCUACUUGUUUCACUAGCUAGCUCCUAGCUUUUACUUCAUCCCAUUUUGUUUUCAAACUUAUACUAUAAUCAUCACAUUAUAUAUGUAACUUCUACUCUAAAAACGGUUAUAAUAAGAGAGAGCUGAUAUUUUA